AUGGGGCGACUUGAGAAGGAGUUCUUGAGCUUUCUCUUAUUCCGUUUGGCAGAUCAUUAUGCGCGUUUCUUCCUCGCGACAGAGCUAGGGCACCGACGGCCGGCGACCACUUCUCCUGAUUCACUGUCGCUGGCCGGAGCUUGUCCCUCACCUCCCACGGUCAUCUCCUAUCCACAGCCACACUUCCUCUUCGGGAUUUCCAGCGGCGUGCGGGCUAGGGCAGCAACGACGGCAAGCCAUUCCAGGCGGCAAGCUUCGGUUCCGAUCAUCCACCUCACCGGAGGGGUUCUCCGACAUAAAGGAAAAAUUAUGGAAGCAGUUCCAAAGAUAAGAGAAAGGUCAAGAAGUUGUAGCCCUCGGCCUAGGUUCUUCAUAACAUUGUUGUUGCAGAAUACUUUCACUGGAAUGUGCUACGUGAUUCAAUAACUCCUAUUUUUCCACUGGACUGUUAAUCUCUUUUUGAUUUUGUGGAUAACUUUGCUGCAAACUAUGCUCUGAAGAGAGUUUAUUAUGUCAACUAUGCAUUGGGGAUAUCUGGACUCAGGAAACCUUGCUGGCAUCUAUUAUGAACAAAGUCAACUUGACAUGGCAAUUCUGCAUUACAAGCAAGCUAUCAACUGUGAUUCUACCUUUAUUGAAGCUUACAAUAAUCUGGUAAGUUGAUAAUGAUCUAAUAUGUCAAAAUGUGGUAUCCUUCUUGAUGGUGAGCCAGGUUAGUUAAUGAUCGACUUUCUUGCACAUUAAAAAGGGAAUGCUCUCAAAGACGCUGGACAUGUGGAAGAGGCUAUUAACUUCUAUAGGGUGACUUUUUAAUUUGGAUAUUUUUAUUCUCUUAAGUUUUUUUCCUUGUUGAAUAACUUCAUUUUAAUAAUUUUUCCCAAGUCAUGCCUUGCUUUACAACCUAACCAUCCACAAGCAUUGUCAAGCCUUGGC